AUGCCGUUCGGGGAAAUCAUCAUCGGCUCACCAGGGAGCGGGAAAUCGACAUACGCGUUCGGGAAGCAGCAGCUCUUGACAGCUCUCCAACGCCCAAUCGCGGUUGUAAACCUCGACCCAGCCAACGAUCACGUACCCUACAAAUGUGACAUAGACAUUGCAUCCCUCAUCUCUCUCCAAGACGCCAUGGAUGAACAUGGGCUGGGUCCUAACGGCGGGAUGCUCUACUGCAUGGAAUACCUUGAGGCCAAUUUUGACUGGCUUGAAGAGCAACUCCAAUCUCAGAAUCUGUUAAACGGGGACUCAUACGUCGUGUUUGACGUUCCCGGACAAGUCGAGCUGAGCUCUGAUCAUGGGAGUUUGAAGAGCAUCGUCGGAAAAUUGGAGAAACUUGGGUUUCGGCUAGCUGCUGUACAUUUAUGCGAUGCGUACUAUGUCACAGAUGCUGCAAAAUAUGUUUCGGUGUUGUUGCUUUCGUUGAGGACGAUGUUGCACAUGGGACUACCUCAUGUGAAUGUUCUUUCCAAGUUGGACUUAUUGUCGAGAUAUGGGGAAUUGGACUUUAAUCUCGACUUUUAUACCGAAGUUCAAGAUCUAUCGUACCUUCAGAACGUUCUAUCCUCAUCCCAUCCUCGAUUCUCGGCUCUGAACGAAGCAAUAUGUGGACUAGUCGAAGACUUCAGUCUGGUUGCCUUUGAAACACUGGCAGUCGAAGAUAAGCAAUCCAUGUUACAUCUUACGCGAACUAUCGAUCGAAUCCUUGGCUAUGUAUUUGUUCAAGCACCUCAAACCGAUGGAAAUGCGCCUCAAGGGCAUACAGGAGAGAUGGGUAGAAGCCGAGAAGAGUAUGAUGCGUGGGAGUCAAGGGAGUGGCGAAAGGAGGGAGAGGAGGCCACCCGACGCGAAGGUCAAAAUAAAUAG